UCCUUUCUCAGGAGGCAAUCAGUCGAGAAACGCACACAAAUUCUUGACAAAAGCCCAAUUACCAAAUCACACUUUUCUCUCUUGCUCUCAAAAAAACCCCAAUUCUCUGAUAAAAUUUUCAUAUUUUCACUAAAAAAUGGCCAACCCAAGAUUAAAAAACUUGUCUUUUCUAACGCCCACAAGCCUAGUGUUUCUAAUCCUGAUGGUCGCCCAAGCAAAUGCCUUAGUUCCCUACACAAGAUCUUUAUGGGACAUGAUGAUCCCAGCAGAAGACCCUUUCAGGAUUCUUGAACAAACCCCAUUAACAAUCCCAAAGGGAGCUGAAGCUCUUGCACUAGCGAGAGCAGACUGGAAAGAAACAGAAAAAUCACAUAUUAUAACUCUGGACAUUCCAGGAAUCAAGAGAGAUGAUAUUAAAAUAGAAGUGGAAGAGAACAGGGUCUUGAGGAUUAGUGGAGAGAGGAAACUAGAAGAGGAGGUUCAAGGAGAGAAAUGGCAUAGAGCUGAAAGAACAAGUGGUAAGUUUUGGAGGCAGUUUAGAUUGCCUCAUAAUGCAGAUCUUGAUCAUAUUAAAGCACAUCUUGAAAAUGGGGUUUUGAAGAUCAUUGUGCCUAAAUUUGCUGAGGAACAGAAAAGACAGCCUAAGGUUAUCAACAUUGUUGAACAGGAAACUUCUGGUCAAGAUAUCAAGGCUACCAAAGCUCAGAUGUGAAAGUUUUUUUGCUUGUAACUAAGAAUUAGUCUGUUAUAUGAGUUCAUUAUAAAAUAAUAAUUGAAAUGUUUUAUUUGCUAUGGAAUGAGAAGGAAAAAAAAAAAAAAUGAUUAUGGUGUUCUUGUUUAGAGUGUGAAGUUGUUCAAGUUUCUGUUAUGUGAUUUCAAUAAAAUUAGAAAAUUACGUUGCGUGUAUCUUA